AGACAGCAGCAAUGGGAGGCCGUACAGGGGACCCAUGAGAGACUCUGGACCUGGCAGCAGCAUGAGGAGGCCGUACAGGGACCCAUGAGAGACUCUGGACCUGGCAGCAGCAUGAGGAGGCGGUAUAGGGGCCCAUGGCAGAUUAGGGGCCUGGCAGCAGCUAUGGGAGGCCCGUAAUCUGCCAGCACCCUAUGACAAAAAAUGGAAAACACACCAGCAGUGUGAGGAGACCUGAAAGUGGCACAUGGCAGAGUGUGGCGAUGGAGACAGCAGCAAUGGGAGGCCGUACAGGGACCCAUGAGAGACUCUGGACCUUGGCAGCAGCAUGA